GCAUACAUCGUGCCUUUCUCACCAAGAACUUCCUUCAAUGCAUCACAGGUUGUCUUUCUUCCUCAAUUGCGAACAAUGAGCCAUGGCGGAGAUCUUCGGACAUACAUACAGUUUCCGCAUCUCCACUAUAUUUGAGGGGGUUUGUCGCAACACUUCAGUUGUAUACGAUGAAUGAUGACCAAGACCCUGCAACCUGUAUCCAUCAUAUAAACAACUUCCUGAGUAUCUCCAGUACAUACGACGGAGUUCUUCAUAGCAGGAAGACAUGGCUCUUACAUAUAAGACAACCAGCUCCUCAUCAAUGAGGUGUUCCAACACCAAACCCUUAAUCAUUGGACGAAGACAACUGCUUCUUUCAAUCAAGCUGACACCCAAAUCUGAAGCCCAGUUGCAAGAAAGGUGAGUCUUUGCAUAAUGUUCACCCCUCCCAAUACUCCGUUUGUCCUCCAAUGGCCGGGAUCUUUGCUCCCGCCAGAGGACGUGGACUCCGCCUCCUCCGACGAUGCACUUUCUUCCGAUUCAGAGACUGACACUGAUUCAGAACCCUCUAAUGAUGAGGAGCACUGGCCUGAAUGCGGCUUCGACAUCCUAAGUCCGUUCGACGGAGUUGUAGACACGCUCUGCUAUAAGAGCGACGUAACUGUGGUCAUCCACAAUGGCAGAUGGCAGUAUGAGAUACUUUGCAGCUCGCGACACCUCGCGGAAGCCUCCCCAUACUUCUAUGCUCUGUUCGAGCACGACUUCGAGGAAGGCAUCCGGUUCAAGGAGAACGGCCAUUUGACCCUCACUUAUGACGACGUCAAUCCUGCAGCUGGAGGUAUCGAAAUGGCCUUGCUCAAGGAUAUUGCUCAAGUGGUUGACAAGUUUCACCUGUUUAGGCCCGUGAUGCCGGUCGUUACAACCUGGGUGGAGAACAUCUGGCCCGGCGACCCGGAGCCGUCCGAUGCGCAGGUCAUCGACUGGAUGCUGUACAUCAUGUGGGUAUUCAACGUGCGCGACGGCUUCAAGCAAGCCACGGGCUCGCUGAUCAAGGGACAUCCGCACAUGGUACCGCCUGCCGAUGCCGUGCUACCGCUUCCGAUCUAUGAGAAGAUCAACGUGGCUAGAGGCAACAUGUUGCGGGAAAUGCGCGUGGCGCUGCGGGACGAGAUUCAACGCGUCCGAGGCUUUUAUAACAUGGCCGAUCCGAAGGGCGACCAGCGGACCCUAAUGUGGCGGAAGAUCCUGCGCCUCGCGCGAUAUCCACUGUGCACUGAAAUGUCCCCCUCGAAGCUUGUGCGACUGGUUCACCAGGGGAAGCAAUGUGUCAAACGAACUUAUGACCGGUUGCACCUCGUGGAUAAACCUGCGGCAGAGGCCUGCUCGUCAUAUGGAGAACGGCUGGUAGAGACUUUGGAGCAAAUCGUCGCAGAUCCAGGACUGCUGCUCGGUGAAACCCGCGUAGAUUCGGCCUGGAAUCACCAUUGGCCUUGGAAUCCCCCGGCCGUGGAUUUUGAUCAUGUCGGAUGGCCUUGCGAGAUUGAUGGCUAUGACAUCAACAAUUGGGACUUCGAAAAUUUGAGAGAUAUGAAGGAGGCGGGCAGAUUUUGGAUGGACCGAACCACAGACUGA